AUGGAGAGUUUCCAGCGCGUAAGGCCAAUCAAGAUCGGGGCUGAUUCGGUUGGUGCUGUGCAGGAAGAGCAGAUGUCGCAAGAGCAAACGGCCAAGCGAGGGUGCCCAGGCGGACACGCCGUCGCCGUCGCCCUCGCCGGCGACCGGCUAAGCGACCUGCCGGACGGCCUCCUCCACACCAUCAUGUCCUUUCUCCCGGCCCCGCAGGUCGUGCAGACGAGCGUGCUGUCGCGGCGGUGGAGGGACCUCUGGCGCUCUACACCCUGCAUAAGCAUCGAGCAGCGGGACUUCCGGAUUACCGCUGGGAGCCAACGCCACGAGCGGGAGGAGAAAUGGCGCAAGCUCGAGAACUUCACCACCAAUUUCCUCUUGUUCCACAACAAUGUUGCGUCCUUGGAUAAGUUCCGGAUACAUACUGACAAGCUACUCUGUUCUGGGUGCCCUGUCCUGGAAGAUUUGGAGCUAAGGAGCUGUAACCCAGGUUUUCAAGAAUUUAAGUCGCGUACAUUGAAGAAGCUGGUAAUAGACUGCUGCGACAAUUUCACUGGAGAUCUGGUGGUUAUCACGGCGAUACUCAUUCAGGAAUCUGUUGAAUACCCAGUAUUUGCUAACCUGCAAACCCUGUCACUUGAACAAUGUUUCCUUGAUAAAUGCGAUCUCAAUAACAAAUUGGACGCUCUAGGGAGUUUUGUUCAGAAUGCUCCUUGUUUGGAGAAGCUUACUCUCCAAUGCUGCAUGUUUGAAGUAGAAUCAGAGAAAGAGGGGCAGCUCGUGAGGAAACACAUUAUUCUCCAAAGACAGGACCAAAACACUUUCCGGUGCCUGAAGUUGAAGUUCAUAGAAAUCGUGUACAAGGAGGACCAUGAUCACCAACUACUCGAACUUUUGUGGGGAACUGGGAGGAGGCUACCAGAUGCCAGUAUCAAACUCACCAACUUUUUUAUGGACUAA